AUGCCUACGCGCGUCAUGAUGAUUAGCCUGCGAGCGAGAAAUUCGGUGUUCCCAUCACAACGAGGGUUACCCACCUACGAUCCCAUCUUUGAGCAUCGGAUCACUCCCUGUCCUGUCAUACUCUCGAAGCAUUUGAAGACUGAUGAACUCCUCCUGGUUGAGCUGCCGGGAGUUAUUGAUGAAGACUACGCCAAUACCGAGAUAUUCGAUCUCUGCGGAUCUCUUCUGGAAAUCCGGUGCCCCCAAGCGGGAUGCAAUAUUGAGUUGAAAACUGGCAAAACUCUGCAGGUCAACUCUGAGUUCAAGUCUUCUGCUGAAGUGGCCGAGAGCACGAUACUCGCCAAGAAAUGUCUCCGCUAUAUGACCUGUCCAGCAGUCUGGCUCGGGUCUUCUGAUGUGCAUAUGACGAUUGCAUCUAAUGAUGGAAGAACACCUUUCUACACGGCAGCAUUUAAUGGCCAUACUAACUUGGUAGAGCUACUUUUCAAGAGCGGUGCAGACAACAUGAUUUCAGAUAAUGACGGUUUCACGCCACUAAAUAUGGCCUCAACCAAGGGUCAUACUGAGGUAGUUAAGCUGCUACUUAAGUCUUCAAACAUCACUCCUGAUGUCCGGGAUUGA